AAAAAUCCAAUACAUACUUAUUUCGGACCGCUGUUCUGUUCACACUGCUAUUUACGAUUUCUGGUCCAAUAUAUAAACUGCAAAACAUAAUCGAAGAACAACAGCUAUCCCAAUAUUGAUCUAAUCCCUACCAGGAUAUGAUUGUUAAUUGGGAAACACCUUUGAUGUGUUAUUAAAUCGAGUGUGUAGAAAGAUAAGUAACAAGUACAAUUUUGCAAAAAUACACUUUACGUCCCCCCUAAAUCCCACUGUUUAAUUAUGUAUCUCGCUUAAUAGUGUCAAUAUAAAUAGAAGCUAAACUCCCCCCUAACUGCUUUGAAUUUGUCUGUAGUGCAAAAAGCUCAACAUGUCUGUUUCAAUUGCAGUUUUUGGUCUUCAUGGCUCCUUAGGGCAACCAACAAUCGAUGCCAUCAAUUCAGGCAAGUUCGAUAACAAGUUGAAAUUCCCCGUUAAGGCCAUCACGCGUAAAGAUAAAACAUCCACAGACAGAAUCGAAUACAUCAAGACGGAGAUCAACCCCGACACUGUAGAUUCCAUCGCCGCUAAACUACCUGGUGUUGAUGUGAUUAUCGAAUUGCUUGCUUGUACCCCUGACUUAUUUGCUUGCACGGAACAGAUCGUGGCUAAAGUCAAACCAAAACUAUUCAUACCUUCUCAAUUUGGAUCUGAUUAUACAGUAUGUAACGAGUUUGUCCCAGGGAUGUUCUACAACAAGAUCUCACACAGUGAGAAUGUCAGAAAGAUGGGUGUGAAAGCUGUGGAUAUAAUCACCACCUUCUUUGCUCAACCUGGGUUAUACAUGUAUGAAGUUGUGGGACAUUUGGGUAUUGACCCCAAGACCAAAUCUUAUUUUCAAAUUGGCGAUUUGAAUACCAAGGUACCAUUCACGAGAGUAGAAGAUAUCGGGUAUGUUGUGCUUGCCGUGUCAACUACGCCAAUCGAUACUCUUCCAGAUGAGAUCAAAGUCAAGUCUGGUUCCAUUUCAUAUGCAGACGCUAUUGACAAAUACGAACAGACACAUGACGUAAAGUUGGAAAAAUCGAGCGAGAUCACUACUGAUGAAGCUAGAAAACAAUUAAAUGAAAAGUUAAAGCAAACUGGUGGGUUUAAUUGGAAUGAUUUCCUUUGGUAUUUGCAUGUUAUUGGUGCCCAUGGAAUAGACUAUGAUGAAAAGGAUAAUGAAUUAAUAAACCCCAAUCAAUCUGUUUGGGAGUGGACAAAGUAUUAG